AAAUCAGUUCCACUUUAAAAAAGCUUUAAACGUACUGCUUUCAGAGUAGAAAACACACACAGGAUCAAGAUGAAGAUUUGCAUCCUUCUUGCUUGCUUUCUCGUUGGAACAUUUGCAGAUGAGGAAAGUGAUCCAACAUACGGAUAUGGAAGUGGAUAUGGAAGUGGAUACGGACUUGGCAGUUAUGGAGGACGAGGAUAUGGAAGCGGCUACGGAUAUGGAGGCGUAACCGGCGGACAUGGCGGAUAUGGAUAUGGACACAAAGCAUAUGGUGACCCAACAUACAGUUACGGAAGCGGAUAUGGAAGUGGUUAUGGAAGUGGAUAUGGAAGUGGAUACGGACUUGGUGGUUCUGGAGGACGAGGAUAUGGAAGCGGUUACGGAUAUGGAGGCGUAACAGGGGGGCAUGGUGGGUAUGGAUAUGGACACAAAGCAUAUGGUGACCCAUCAUACGGUUAUGGAAGCGGAUAUGGAAGUGGAUAUGGAAGCGGAUAUGGAAGUGGAUACGGACUUGGUGGUUCUGGAGGACGAGGAUAUGGAAGCGGUUACGGAUAUGGAGGCGUAACAGGUGGACAUGGUGGUUAUGGAUAUGGACACAAAGCAUAUGGUGACCCAUCAUACGGUUACGGAAGUGGUUAUGGAAGUGGUUAUGGAAGUGGAUAUACACUUGGUGGUCAUGGAGGACGAGGAUAUGGAAGCGGAUACGGUUAUGGUGGUGCUCGUGGCAGUUAUGGUGGAUAUGGCUACGGACAUAAGGCAUAUGGAGAUGAAGAAUAAAUAAAAUUGUAUACUUUUAUAAAUAUUAAUAGAUUGGAGCUUGAAUAAAUGAAAACAGAAUUUACCCAAAGGUUUUCGCUGAAAGUUUAUGCUGUUGUUCAUUGAAAAAAUUGCUAUUUAUAGUAACAUUUUCACCAAACAGUUGCGGCAGCAGUAGCUAUCUCUUGUCGUGACAAAUUGUGCAACGCUUUCUUUACUUGAAAACUUGUUGGAAAAGAUGUAAUGAAUUUCCGAUUGUUUCUUUGAGCAAUUUUUUGUAACAAGAUAGCCGGAAUUAUUACUAUUACAUAUAAAUAACCAGCUUUCUUUUGAGUUAACUUUUUUGGUAACUUGAGGUAUGUAACCAAAAGAUUGAACAAGGAAUGUUGUUUUAUAACUAUACAUUGUUCAGCUGUAAGCGCGAUGUUUUAGCAAUGCAAAAUAUGUCUUAAUCAGUUAAUGAUCCAAGUACGUUAUUUCAAAAAACAAUAAAUUUCGAAAUAUGACCGUUUGUUACUGGUGCAACUGUAAUUCACAUUUACAGUGUUAAGGUUUAAGAUCUUCUUUAUAUUGUUUUCUUUUGGGGAGUGCUUGUCAAAAACCUGCAGAAACAUUUACGCAGCGUUUGUUUGUGCAUCUUUGUUAAGUGGAGUGUUGAGUCGCAUUGUGUUACAGUACCUAUUGCGUCUUGGUUUUGUGUUUUCGCUUUUACAAACAAUAUGUGCGUCAUUACCGCUCAGUUUGAGUGAUUUCUCGUUGCAUGUUUUAUGCCUCGUUAAAGAUUGUUUCGUUGAAUGAAUUUUGAGUAUAUAUCUGAUAUAGGGAGAAGAAGCUGCUUCAUAAUACUGAGUGGACGACUUGAUUUUUUAUUUAUGUACCGGUUAAUUUCGUUUGAUUUUUUGUAAGUUUUUGGUGUCCAUAUGCAAAUCUCCACCGUCUUAAUAGUGCUUACGAAUUACCCAAUUGUAAGAUGUAGAGGAAUUACCUGGAGCUUCUGAUAGGCCAAAUCUACUUCCACAGGUAGUUGCAUCAGAGGUAACAUAACAAGCUUCAGUCCUGCGCAG